CUCCACUCCAACUUUUUGCAUACACGCAGUCCGCCAACAACUCAAUGGCACCGAAAAGUAGUCCAUUUACCCCGUCAUCCCAGAAGACUAAGCAGCAAUCCAUCUCGAGCUUUUUUGCACCGAAGCCUUCGCCCGCCAUCAAGCCCGCCGCUAAGCCUGCAACGCCGGCGAGCGCGCCUCCGGAUUCGGACGAAGAUGACCUUCCCGUACCACCCUCCGCACUCGCCAGCCACAAGCGUACGAUCGGCGAUGAUGAAGAACACGAUGCAAGCCGCUCGUCGCCACCUAAGCGGGUCCGGUAUGCGACAAGUGGUGGCUGGAAGGACGAUAUGAAUAGGGACAGGGAUAGCGAAAGCCCACGACGCCCAUCACUUGGGCAGGCAUCUCCAACAGAUCUGAAUGCUAGAAAAGUGGAAGUGAGAGCAGACAGGACUUCCAAGUACAUCUUUUCAUCCUCUCCUCCAGCAACCGAUGAGAAUGAGAGCACAGAGGAAGAUGCUGCGGCUGCGCAAAAACGUAAGCAAGAGCUACAUAAGAAGUUUGUGAAGAAGCUUGGGAGACCUGAUGCCUUCGCGGAGCUUAGAAAAAGAAACAAAGUCGUUGACGAGACUGCGAAGGAGGGCAAGGAUGCAGAGGGUAGAGAACAAGACGAAGAAGAGAGCCCAAAACAGCCGCCGAAAGGGAAGAAGGCCACUGCAUCAAAGAGGGCUGGAAAACUUACCCCGAUGGAGAAGCAAUAUCUCGAUAUCAAGCGAAAGCACCUCGACGCCAUCCUGGUCGUGGAGGUAGGCUACAAGUUCCAAUUCUAUGGCGAGGACGCGCGGAUCGCCUCGAAAGAACUUGGGAUUUUCUGUAUUCCAGGCAAGUUCAGAUACGAUGAGCAUCCUUCAGAGGCGCACCUGGACCGAUUUGCUUCCGCAAGCUUUCCCGUACAUCGGUUGCAAGUUCAUGUCAAACGACUAGUUCAGGCAAACCACAAAGUUGGUGUCGUAAGGCAGAUUGAGACGGCGGCUUUGAAGGCAGCUGGCGACAACAGGAACACCCCGUUCAUACGAAAAUUGACAAAUCUCUACACCAAGGGCACUUAUGUCGAUGAUAUCGAGGGACUAGAGGCCCCCGGCAGCGGCGCUUCCGGCCAUGGUGCGCAGUCGACCGGAUACCUACUAUGCAUCACGGAAACGAACGCCAAAGGCUGGGGCACCGAUGAAAAGGUGCAGGUUGGGCUCGUGGCCGUACAGCCAGCGACCGGGGACAUCAUUUAUGAUGACUUCGAGGAUGGUUUUAUGAGGAGCGAGAUUGAGACGCGUCUGCUACACAUCGCCCCAGCAGAGUUUCUGAUCGUCGGAGACCUAUCGAAGGCUACAGACAAGCUUAUUCAACAUCUCUCGGCCAGUAAAACAAACGUCUUUGGGGACAAGGCCCGGGUAGAAAGGGUUGAGAAACCGAAGACCAUGGCCGCGCAAGCGUACAGCCACAUUUCGAACUUCUACGCGGACAAGAUGAAAUCCAACCAGGAUGAGGUCUCCACUGGGCAGGGCGCAGGUGCGAUCCUCGACAAAGUCCACCAGCUGUCCGAGCACGUCACCAUAUGCAUGUCAGCGAUGAUUGCCCACCUCAGCGACUACGGUCUGGAGCACGUCUUCGACUUGACGAAGUAUUUCCAACCUUUUAGCGCAAGGUCGUACAUGCUCUUGAAUGGCAAUACGCUAUCCAGCCUCGAAAUUUACCAGAAUCAGACCGACUACACCAGCAAAGGUAGCCUGUUCUGGACGAUGGACCGCACAAAAACUCGCUUUGGUCAGCGGCUUCUCAGGAAAUGGAUUGGCCGGCCGUUGAUACACAGGGCCAGCCUAGAAGAGCGCAUAGCUGCCGUUGAAGAGCUUAAAGAAGGGGAGCACACAAGGCCUGUUGACAAGCUGAAGUUCUUGCUCGGAAAGAUCAGGACAGAUCUGGAGAAGGUUCUCCUAAGGAUCUAUUACAAGAAAUCCACACGACCUGAGGUUCUUUCGGCGCUCCAGACGCUUCAGGAUAUUGCAGGAGAGUAUUCGAAUGUCACGUCGGCCGGUGAUACUGGGUUCUCCUCGAAAUUGCUGAGCGAAGCUGUCUCGAGCAUCCCAAGGAUCUAUCAGGAUGUCAAUAGUUUCCUGGAGAAAAUCAACGCCAAAGCCGCAAGGGACGAUGACAAGUAUGCUUUCUUUCGAGAGGAGCACGAAGCGGAAGACAUAAAUGAUUUCAAGCUGAGCAUUGCCUCUGUCGAAGAUGAUCUCAAAACUCAUAAGACAGAGGCGGCUGCGAAGCUUGGAGUGACUAAAGUGGACUACGUCACAGUCAGCGGCAUUGAAUACCUCAUCGAGGUCAAGAAGAAGUCUCCACAGGAGAAGAAAGUCCCAGCUUCCUGGCAACAACUGUCCUCCACGAAGGCUGUCUCGCGGUUCCACACACCGGAGGUCAAACGGAUGUUACAAGAACGCGAUCAAUACAAGGAGUCGCUAGCAGCAGCUUGCGAAGCGGCAUUUAUGCGAUUCUUAAUCGAGAUCUCGGCGAAAUACCAGGACCUGCGUGACUGCAUUCAGUCUCUUGCGACCCUUGAUGCUCUCCUCUCCUUAGCCACUCUAGCUUCGCAGCCAGGUUACGUUAAGCCCACCUUUACCGAUGACAUCGAGCUCUCCAUUAUCGGCGGUCGACACCCUAUGGUCGAGCAGCUCCUUCUAGAGAGCUACGUUCCAAAUGACGUCCACCUCUCGCAUGAAGACACCCGCGCUCUGCUCGUCACAGGUCCGAACAUGGGCGGCAAAUCGUCCUACGUUCGCUCUGCGGCGCUAAUCGCCGUCAUGGGCCAGAUCGGCUCUUAUGUGCCUGCUACCGAAGCCCGACUGGGCAUGCUUGAUGCAAUCUUUACGCGAAUGGGCGCCUUCGACAACAUGCUUAAAGGCGAGAGUACCUUCAUGGUCGAACUCAAUGAAACCUCCGACAUCCUCAAGUCCGCUACUCCCCGCUCGCUCAUUAUUCUCGACGAACUAGGCCGCGGAACAAGCACCUUUGAUGGUGUUGCUAUCGCUGAAGCAGUGCUCGACUAUGUUGUCCGUGAUAUACAGUCUCUUACGCUGUUCAUUACGCACUAUCAGCAUCUCGCGAGGAUGCAGGAGCGAUUCGAAAAGCAUGAGCUGAAGAACGUGCAUAUGCGCUUCGAAGAAAGAGACGGUGGGAAGGAGGUCGUCUUCCUCUAUGAGGUGGCAGAGGGUAUGAGCCAUCGAUCUUAUGGGUUGAAUGUUGCGCGAUUGGCGAGGGUGCCGGAGAAAGUCAUCGAGAUUGCGGAGGGGAAGAGCAGGGAGCUUGAGGAGCUGAUGGCAGCGUCUAAGAUGUCGAACAUGUCCCGCAUGAUCAGAGGCCUGCUUCAAGAUGAUGAGCCAAGUCUAGAUAAGCUUGUUGAGGGUAUCGAACAACUAUAAGAGUAUGUAUUAGUGGUCAUCGGCGGCGUUCGAACUGUAUGAGGUACGGAAAAUCUUAUAGAAAUUAAU